UUGGCCGGUUUCUCUUCGUGUGCUGUGCACGCUGCUGCCCGGGGAAAAGUGCAAGUGUUACCGCUGAGAAAAGUGGGGAGAGAGGCGGCAGUCCGACACCCCUUCUCUUCCCCACAGCCCAGCACCUUCCUCCUCAGCAGCGGCGGCCACCCCUCCCCGCUCCUCUUCCUCCGGCUCGGGUUGAAAAGUUAUUGCCUAAAACAGGAACAGCCAACUGUACACACAAGAUGGCAGACAAACUGACAAGGAUAGCCAUUGUAAAUCAUGAUAAAUGCAAGCCAAAGAAAUGUCGUCAGGAGUGCAAAAAGAGUUGCCCUGUUGUGCGAAUGGGAAAAUUGUGCAUUGAAGUAACUCCACAGAGUAAGAUUGUAUGGAUUUCUGAAACACUUUGCAUCGGAUGUGGUAUCUGCAUUAAGAAAUGUCCUUUUGGGGCCUUGUCCAUUGUUAACCUGCCAAGCAACUUGGAAAAAGAAACCACCCACAGAUAUUGUGCCAACGCCUUUAAGCUUCACAGGUUGCCUACUCCCCGACCUGGUGAGGUGCUUGGAUUAGUUGGCACCAACGGUAUUGGAAAAUCAACGGCUUUGAAAAUUCUUGCUGGAAAACAAAAACCUAAUCUUGGGAAGUAUGAUGACCCUCCAGAUUGGCAAGAAAUCCUAACUUAUUUUAGGGGAUCAGAGCUGCAGAACUAUUUUACUAAGAUUCUGGAGGAUGACUUGAAAGCCAUUAUUAAGCCUCAAUAUGUGGACCAAAUACCAAAAGCUGCAAAGGGCCCAGUGGGGACCAUUUUGGAUCGAAAAGAUGAAACUAAGACACAAACUAUUGUUUGUGCCCAGCUUGAUCUUACUCACCUCAGAGAUCGAAAUGUGGAGGACCUUUCCGGAGGAGAGCUUCAGCGGUUUGCCUGUGCUGUUGUGUGUAUCCAGAAGGCUGACAUCUUUAUGUUUGAUGAACCAUCCAGUUAUUUAGAUGUCAAGCAGCGUCUUAAGGCUGCUAUAACCAUUAGAUCUCUCAUUAAUCCUGACCGUUACAUUAUUGUUGUGGAGCACGAUCUAAGUGUUCUUGAUUAUCUUUCGGACUUCAUUUGCUGCUUGUAUGGUGUUCCAAGUGCUUAUGGUGUGGUCACUAUGCCUUUCAGCGUCAGAGAAGGUAUCAACAUUUUCUUGGAUGGCUAUGUUCCAACUGAAAAUCUAAGAUUCAGAGACGUCUCUUUGGUGUUCAAGGUAGCCGAAACAGCCAAUGAGGAAGAGAUCAAAAAAAUGUGCAUGUACAAGUAUCCAUCAAUGAGAAAACAGAUGGGAGAGUUCCAGCUGAGGAUUGUUUCUGGAGAGUUCACAGACUCUGAAAUCAUGGUCAUGUUGGGAGAAAAUGGAACUGGUAAAACUACAUUUAUCCGAAUGUUGGCUGGGAGACUGAAGCCUGAUGAAGGAGGUGAUGUACCAGUCCUUAAUGUGAGCUACAAACCCCAGAAAAUUAGUCCCAAAUCAACAGGAUCUGUCCGCCAGUUACUGCAUGAAAAGAUCAGAGAUGCCUACACACAUCCUCAGUUUGUUACAGAUGUGAUGAAACCAAUGCAGAUUGAAAAUAUUAUUGAUCAAGAGGUCCAGACAUUGUCUGGAGGAGAGUUACAGCGUGUGGCUUUAGCCCUGUGCCUGGGUAAACCAGCAGACGUGUACCUUAUUGAUGAACCUUCGGCAUAUCUUGAUUCUGAACAGCGUCUCACAGCUGCCAGAGUAAUUAAAAGAUUUAUACUUCACGCCAAGAAGACAGCUUUUAUUGUGGAGCACGAUUUUAUUAUGGCCACUUAUCUUGCUGACCGGGUCAUUGUUUUUGAUGGUAUCCCUUCCAGAGACACUGUGGCAAACAGCCCCCAAACUCUUCUUGCUGGUAUGAACAAGUUUUUGUCUCAGCUGGAAAUCACAUUUAGAAGAGAUCCCAACAAUUACAGACCAAGAAUAAAUAAGAUGAAUUCUAUUAAGGAUGUGGAUCAGAAGAAGAGUGGGAACUACUUUUUCUUGGACGACUAAAGCAAAUCAGAUAAAUCUACAGCUCCCUCUAAAAAAUAAAAAAAUUUACUGUGUGAAGCUCUAGUGGCUUUUAUACACCCCAAUGGGAAUAUCCAACAUACUGCAUUGUGUUAGUGUGUGUCCAACACCCCAAACAACUGCCUGGUAAUGGGAAAACGAUUUGUUAUUCAUUCAUUCCUUAUUUUUUGCACAAAUGCAAAUCAUUAUACAGAUUGCUUAUGGAAUUAAGUAAUAUCUAAUUUAUUCAUUAAAGAUCUGUUUCCCGACUUUUAGAGCCCACUAAACUGUGUUUCUCAAUAAUAUGGUUUAUAAAAUGCUGCCGUCAAGUCUUAUUUUAAGGAAAAGAAAACCUAAACCUCUCAAGGUUUUAAAGAAUAAACACCCACAUGAAAGUG